AUGUCUCGCCGCAAGCAAGGCAAACCCCAGCACUUAAGCAAACGGGACUUCUCGCCAGCCGAGCCCCUCUCCGCGGCCGUGCUCUCGCCGGAGGAGCUGUCGGAGCGCUGCUCGGAGCUGUCGGAGGAGAGCGGCAGCCUCAACGGGCGCCACCACCCGGGCGCCGUGGGCCGGCUCGCCCGCCCGGGUCACGACGCCCACCCGUCCCCGGAGCAGGACCUGCUGACCUGCGGCCAGUGCCAGGCCACCUUCCCCCUGGCGGACAUCCUGCUCUUCAUCGAGCACAAGAGGAAGCGAUGCCACGGGCCGCCCUGCCUGCCGGUGGGCCGCGGGCUGGACAAGCCCCCCUCGCCCUCCCCCGGCCUGGCCCUCACCCCCUCCCCCGCCAUGAACCCCCUGCGCAGCCGCAGCCGCCGGCCCGUGGAGGUGGGCGUCCAGGCCACGCUGGCAGACGACGACGACGACCGCUUCUUGUUGCCCAGAGGGAUUUUUCCCAAGCAGGAGCCCCUCCCAGGUAAGGAGGAGCCGACCACCUAUACCUGCACCACAUGCAAGCAGUCGUAUGGCAGCGCCUGGUUCUUGCUGCAGCAUGCUCAGAAUACCCAUGGAUUCCGCAUCUACCUGGAAAGUGAACAUGGCAGCCCUCUCACACCACGUAUGGGUGGACCUUCCUCCCUGGGUGGGGGUGCAGACUGCCAUUCUCAGCCUCCCCUUCAUGGUCUCCAUUUGCCUCCAAAUGCAAGCCCCUUCAACCUCCUCCGCAUGCCUGGCUCUGGCUCAGGUGGAAGGGAUAGCAUCGGAAUGGGGGGUGGAGUUGGCUUAGGUGGCCAUGCUGGUGGGGGUCAUCAUCAGAGAUUCCCUCCGACACCACCUCUGUUCAGCCCUCCUCCGAGGAACCACUUGGACCACCAUCACCUGAGCCCAGAGGACCUGGCGCUGGCAGCCCACCACCCGAGUGCCUUUGACAGGGUGCUGCGCCUCAAUCCUCCUAUGCCCCUGGACCCCCCUCCAACAAUGGACUUCUCAAGGCGGCUAAGGGAGCUGGCGGGCAACACCUCAGGGUCCACUCCCCCGCUAUCACCCACCCGGCCCAGCCCCAUGCAGCGCUUACUCCAGCCAUUCCAAACAGGAGGUGGGAGUGGAGGAACAGGAGGAGCAGGGGGAAGCAAACCUCCAUAUCUUGCUACCCCACCCCCUCUUCCAGGCUCCCUGCAGUCACCUGUGGGCUCUCAGACCACUCCUACUACUCCUCUCCCCUCAGCAGGGGCAACACCCUCAUCCACCAACCCCUUGAAAUCUAAAUGUUGUGAAUUUUGUGGCAAAGCCUUCAAGUUUCAGAGUAAUCUAAUAGUGCACCGACGCAGCCACACAGGAGAGAAGCCCUACAAAUGUCAUCUGUGUGAUCAUGCUUGUACACAGGCUAGCAAACUGAAGCGACAUAUGAAGACACACAUGCACAAAUCCUCCUCGCCAAACGCAGGAAAAUCUGAAGAUGGCCUCUCAACAGCCUCUUCUCCAGAGCCUGGCACCAGCGACCACUUGGGUAGCGCAAGCCAUGCCCUCAAGUCAGUGGUGGCCAAGCUGAAAAGUGAGAAUAACCGCAUGCUUCGUGAGAAUGGUGAGGAGGAGGAGGAGGAAGAGGAGGAAGAGGAAGAAGAAGAGGAGGAGGAAGAGGAAGAGGAGGAAGAAGAAGAGGAGGGAGAGGAGGAAGAAGAGCAAAAUGGAGAGAGGGUACCCAGAAGGAACAACAGCUAUCACUGUGGUUUGAACCUGGAACCAACACGUCAGCAUGAAAACAAUGGCGGUAUUGGAAGUCGACUGGCAGCUUUGGCUGAGGAAGUGUCCAUCCCUCGGUCCCUGCCCGAGGUGAUGCAGGGAAUGGGUCUCGCUGCCAGCAUGCAGCACUUCAGCGAAGCCCUACAUGCACACAAAUGUAAUGCCAUGGCCAAGGAGAACCACCUGCACCACCACCUCAACCGAGACCACCACCACAAUCGCGAGAUGUGUGAUGGAGACUCUGUGCUUGAAACACACCGUGGGGAAGAUUGCUCCGUCUCAACAGUGAAUGGGCGGGGAGCAUCCCCUAAUGAAUCUGCCUCUGUAGGCCUCUCUAAGAAACUGCUUCUGGGUAGCCCCAGUCCGCUCAGCCCCUUCACUAAACGCAUCAAACUGGAAAAGGAAUUUGACUUGCCCACUCCAACAAUCCCUAAUACGGAGAACGUCUACUCCCAGUGGUUGGCUGGCUAUGCUGCCUCCCGACAACUCAAGGACCCUUUUCUGAACUUUGGGGAUUCCAGACAAUCGCCGUUCGCCUCUUCAUCGGAGCAUUCUUCAGAGAAUGGCAGUCUGCGUUUCUCGACCCCGCCGGGGGAACUGGAUGGUGGGAUGUCAGGCCGAAGUGGUACAGGCAGUGGGGGCAGCACUCCCCAUCUGGGGCGGCCCAACUCCAAGGAUGGUCGCAGGAGUGAUACUUGUGAGUAUUGUGGCAAGGUGUUCAAGAACUGCAGUAACCUCACAGUACACCGGCGCAGCCACACAGGGGAAAGACCAUACAAAUGUGACCUGUGCAAUUAUGCUUGUGCCCAGAGUUCCAAACUUACACGCCAUAUGAAGACCCAUGGUCAGGUGGGCAAAGACGUGUACAAGUGUGAAAUUUGUCAGAUGCCCUUCAGUGUCUACAGCACCUUGGAGAAACACAUGAAAAAAUGGCACAGUGACCGUCCUUUGAGUACCGAAAUAAAGUCAGAGUAGAAGGCCGAACUAUGGGACCUUUUCCCCUCAGCUAUG